AUGUCAGCUUACCUUGGAGGCACGUGCUUAAGUCUAUCCAUCCUGUCUUCGUCAUACUUUUCGAGCCAUUCAUCCAUGGUCAAUGUCUUGGCUUCGACCACACGACGCGCACUCUCGUGCAUAGCCUUUUUCAUCCAUUGUCUGUUAAUCCGCUUUGUGUACCUGACUGCGAUUGGUUAUAAGAAUGUUGAUCUAAAUGCCAUGGUCGAAGACGUAUCGGUACACAAUAAAAUCAGUCAAGGCGUUGUCAAGAACACGGACGAUACUGUUAUGCCGAAGGUCCGGCCUUCAGUAAACUUGGAUCUCCACCCACCAGUUGCUCUCGCUCAACAGUCAUACCCUAGCAUCAUCAGUACCAGCAAGGCAAACUUUUACUUCACCUCUGACACUCUGAAGCAUCAUCUUACUAAUGAGAUCACUUAUCAAUUGACUGUAUUCGCUUGUUGCAGCGCCGCUAUGCAGUCAGAAUGCAGCGGAGGGUUUGAGACCAUUAGCCAAGAAUACCAAAGCGACGAUCCCUGUCUAAUUCGGAUAUGGACAAAUAAACGAGACCCCAACCCUAACUCCUUUGAUGAACAGUUCACUCACAACGCAUCCCCCUCCUCGUGUCAUCUCGGGCAUUUGGCUCGCCUUCCCCAUACCGUCACGCCACACUCUUUCGGUCCCGACAGGGUAAACGCGUGGGUGAUGGAGCAGACAAUAGCUCUCAAGCCUAAACCCAAGGCCUCUGCUUCCUCUGCCUCGUCUUCUUCUAGUGGUGGCGGUGUGCAACCCCCUCGCGGCGGCGACCCGUCCUCAUCUCAGAUCGUCUCGGUCCCGGCCAACAACAAGCCACGGAUCCCGAAUGCCAAUGUGGCUGUCCUUGACAUUGCAGAUCGUUCGGGCCAAAAUGCCGCUAAGAAGCCAAAGACCAAGUCUUUCAAGACACGUACUGGUUGUAAAGAGUGCAAGCGCCGCAAAGUGAAAUGUGAUGAGGGCAAACCAAUCUGUAACCGGUGCAAAGCCGUCGGUCUAACAUGUCAUUUCCCGCUCAGCCAAUCCGUCAGCUUCAACACCACAGCUACAGCUACUACAGCCGUGACAACAACGCGUGCAGGACCCCAGUCCGACACACGCAUCCUAGCCAAGCCAAACUACAUCCUCUCGCUCUUCAAAGACCAAACGCAAUAUGACAUGUUCUCCACUUUUCUCUGGUCCAACGAGCAGGGCACCACCCUCCCUCACAACACCUUGGCUACCAUCACGCCUCAGCUGGCCCAUGAGGAUGCCGCCGUCCGCGAGACGUGCUGUGCCCUAGGCGGUGCCGUCAAUGCCUUCACGCAGCCAACCAUCGACUCUGUCGCUGCUGAUAAGGCGCAUCAGCUGUCACUUCAGUACUAUACACGUACUGUACGUGCUGUGACGACUGCUACCUCUACACUCCGUGCGCUGCGUAGUGUUACUCACGUGGCUCUUGUUUUUCUUACCUACGAUAUCCUUCGCGGGGACAUGCACGCUGCUGUUCUGCACCACGAUCACGCUGCUCGUCUUUUUGAAGCAUACCUCGGUAAACGAUGUGCCCAAGAAGGUGUAUCUUUAUCGGACUUAGUAUUUGAUGAUUAUGAGAAUGCUCUGUUUGACAUGAUACAGCGAUUGAGUACCUACCCGUGGGCCCUGAGACUGGGCAUCACCGGGGAUACGGAUGAGUUCCUAGCCGCGAAGCGAUGCCUGGGAAGACACAGGUACUCCAUAGACAAAAUGCCCUCUUCGUUUCACGAUUUGGAUCAAGCGUUGAGGUGGUGGGAUGUCGCACAGCACCACCUAGCUCAUCAUCUUUUGGACGACGAUACAGAGACGACCAAAGCAACAUGGGAGAGAGCUUUCUCGGUCCUGUCAAGCUGGCACAACGGUUUUGUGCUGUUAUACCGCUACACGCAGCAGCGCAAAAAUGAGGAGCCGCACAGCUACGUGACAGCCAGUGUCUUUGAAGCACUGUACCUGGAGUGUCUGUCUAGUCUCCACCUACAGCUCAACACGGAUGCAAAGGUGCUACCCGACGCGAAGCCCGUGUACCGCGAGAUCAUCGCCACGACGCACCGUAUCCUCGACGAGCUCAAAGGAUCGCAAGCAAACUUCCGCUUCAUGGAUAACAACGUCAUGAAGCCGUUGUUUGUUGUUCUUUUCAAGUGCAGUGAUCCUGAGAUCAGAGAGGGUGUGAAGAAGGUGUUGCAGCAUGGUGUCGCAAAGUUUGGAAGUGCGUGCCUUGCUGGGAUUGUACUGGGCAUGAUGCACAUGAAGAGCGAGCACGUUCCCCAGAUUUUGAGGAACGUUGAGAGAGCGGUUGGAUGGCAUUUGACAUCUGUUGGAUGCGGUCCUGGAGUGAUUACCGCUGGCUAAAGUUACAUAGAUACUGAUGAGAGCGUGAUUUCAUAGAAUAUACGACAGUCAUGAUAAUGAGAACAAACACUUGGGUUGAGCAUGUUGAGAUGAUGAACACAGUGCAAUUUCGG